AUGGCUCAUUUCAGUUUUUAUCUCUCUUCUCAUAUUGAUUGUCUUUCAGAUGAUGCUGCCUUGAAAGGAAUGCUGAUCGAAAAGGAACACGAAAUGAACGAUGAGAAAAAAAUGAAAAGAAUCAAAGACAGGGCUGAUCGUGCAACUGUUGAACAGGUGGUACUGGACCCUCGUACAAGACUGAUAUUAUUUCGAAUGUUACAACGAGGUGUGUUCACAACGAUGGAAGGCUGUAUCAGCACAGGGAAAGAGGCCAAUGUCUAUCAUGCCAUUAAAUUCACUGAUAAUAAUAAAGAUAAUGGAGGUUGUGAUAAUGAACAAAGUCUAGCAGUCAAAGUAUAUAAAACAAGUAUACUUACAUUCAAAGAUCGUGAACGUUAUGUGGCUGAUGAAUUCAGGUAUCGUCAUGGUUACUGCAAACGAAACCCCAGAAAAAUGGUGGCAACUUGGGCUGAAAAAGAGAUGCGAAAUUUGAUGAGGAUGAAACAGGCGGAUUUACCGGUUCCGAAGCCACAUUUAUUGAAGGGACACGUUCUUGUGAUGGACUUUAUCGGAAAAGAUGGAUGGCCUGCACCAUUACUAAAGAAUGCUGAACUGUCCGAAAGUAAAGCCGACGAAUUGUACGUGAAGGUGGUGGGGUAUAUGCGAACGAUGUAUCGUGAAUGUCGUUUAGUUCACGCAGAUCUCUCAGAGUAUAAUAUGAUUUUGAAUGGUGAUCAACUGUAUAUUAUCGAUGUAUCACAAUCUGUUGAACAUGAUCAUCCUCAUUCUCUGGAAUUUUUGCGGUCCGAUUGUUCCAAUGUUACAAAAUUCUUCCGAAGCAGAGGGGUGAGUGUUGUGGUUGUUUUGUAUGUGGUUAAAGGUUAA